UCAGGGUACAUAAAGGUUUAGAGUUGCCUUGGAUUAAUGUAUCGUCCAUGCGAAAUCAAACUUUAUGCCAUUAUCUUGACAGUUGAACUUUGUUACCGCAGUCAAUAACAAUUCCCCGUGUAGUUAGCCAUGGGUUUACUUGGCGCAUUACUUAAAACUAGCCUGUUUUUGGUGAUAUUCCUAGGGGUCUUGUUCCUGCUACCGGGAUUGCCUCCCAACACCACUUUCCCAUUCAAAGAGUAUUUUAUAAAGCCAGCUAGAGAACUGAAUGGAACGCUGGAGCUAAACAGUCACUUAAAUGGCGCCCGACAGUUGUGGAAAGACCAAAUAUUUGGACCAGAGUGCCUCAUAGUUCUCGAUGACAAGAUAUACACGGGAAUUCACAGCGGAGAGAUUAUUCGACUGAAUAAUGAGGAGUCUGUUCAACCAAUCACUAAGAUAGGCCAACCUUGUGAUUAUAUAUUUGACGACGAGUUGUGCGGCUAUCCAGUGGGCUUAGCCCUGGACACCCAGGGAAACAAUCUUAUUGUAUCCGAUGCAUACUAUGGCAUAUGGCAAGUCGACUUGGAAACAAGGAAAAAGACUGUGUUGGUGCCUGCGGAGCAGAUCCUUCCUGGCAAGGGGACGAACCGUCGGGCUAAGCUGUUCAAUUCCCUGGCAGUUAGCCGGCGGGGUGACAUAUUCUGGACGGAUUCAUUUUCAGAUGACUUUGUCCUGGCUGCGUUCGCAAACCCGUCGGGUCGACUUUUCAAAUACGAUCGCAUAAAGAAGACAAACGAGGUACUGAUGGACGAGUUGUCCUUUGCCAACGGCUUGACCUUAAGUCCCAGUGAGGAUUUCAUUAUCCUUGCCGAAACAACGGCCAUGCGGCUAAGAAAAUACUAUCUCAAAGGAUCACGAGCCGGUCAAAGCGAAGUGUUUGUGGAGGGUUUGCCUGGAUGGCCGGAUAAUCUCACUGCCGAUGAGGAGGGAAUCUGGGUGCCUCUGUCCGUGGCUUCAGAUCGUGAGAAUCCCAAUUUGUUCGCCGUGCUGGCGCCCUAUCCGAGAUUAAGAUCGUUCUUGGCACGUUUGGUGGCUCUAAUGCGGCUUCCCCUUCGAAUGUUAAACCAUAUUUAUCCCAAUGACAUGGCGGCUCGCCUUUUCCACUCCUUUAACGAUAUGGUCAUCAGGAACGCUCCCAAGCGCAACACUGUGGUGCGUGUGGAUUGGAAUGGAAAUGUUGUGAAAUCUCUGCAUGGGUUUGACGGUUCAGCCUCAGGCAUAUCCCACGUGCUCGAAUUUAAGGGUCAUCUAUAUUUGGGAUCGCCUUUCAAUCACUAUAUUUCCAAAGUCAAAUUGCCCGACGAUGUGGUGAAGUCUGUAAAAGGAGAUUAAAAGGAUCAGUUGUCAUUAUGAUGGAUUAAAUGCCCUUUUUAAUAUUUCAAUUUA